CACAGGGUUAUCACGACCAACACCAAGCAAUCCAUCGUCAUUUCUGUCUAUUAUCUACCUCUCCCUCUCCCUCAGUAUAUACGCAUUUUCACUUAUUUUCAUUUCAACUCACAGAGGACCAAUUCAUCCUCUUACUCCGCAUAAUAACCAUCGAAUAUUACAAAAAACCAAGUGGAUCACCAGUCAUUGAGAAAAAAAAAAAGUUGCUUAAGUCAAGAAAUUCCAUAACGCCCUGAGUCCUUAAAAUGAGGCUCCCUCGGCCGUCAUUCCGGAGCCUCGGGCUCCCCCCUCGGAAGCUGCCCUUGCACCAACACCAGCAGCAGCAGCGCGGCAUCUCUCAAGCCACCUUCAAAUACCAAAGACCGUCUUACAUCUUCUCCCAUCGACAGAGAUACAGCUCCCUGGUGUCAGCUGCCAGCCUCCAGUUUGGACAGCCUGUCCAUGAGACACAUCCCCACAUCCUCAAGGCUGGCGAGGUCACGCCGGGCAUCAGCGCUCAGGAAUAUGCUGAUCGUCGGGCCGCCCUCGCCGAUGCCAUGCCCGAGGGCGGCGUUGCUGUCCUGCACGCUGCGCCACUCGUGUACAAGUCUGGUGCUGUCUUCCAUCCUUACAGGCAGGAGACAAACUUCUUAUGGCUGACGGGAUGGGACGAGCCUGACGCCAUGGCCAUCAUUGAGAAGACGGGUCCCAAGUGGGGGGAUUAUCUCUUUCGCAUGUUUGUCAAGGCCAAGAACCCCAGGGAGGAGCAGUGGUCAGGCUACCGUAACGGCGUCCAGGCCGCUCAGGACGUGUGGAAUGCAGACGAGGCGUGGUCCAUGGACAGAAUCGACUCUGUGCUGCCCAAGCUACUCGACUCGGCCAAGAUCAUUUACACCGACGUCGAAUCGGCAAAGGCUACAAACAGCUCCCUAUGGCGCUUCAUCACUGGUAAUGCCUCUGGCAGCGGUCCUGCAAAGACGCCGCUGUACCCCGUCAUGAACAAGCUCCGAGUCAUCAAGAGCCCGGCUGAGGUGACCAACAUGCGGAUGGCCGGUCAAAUCUCCGGCCGUGCCAUCACCAAUGCCAUGCGGCGAUCGUGGGUCAAGGAGAAGGACCUGCACGCCUUCCUCGACUACGAAUUCACCAUCAACGGCUGCGACGGGCCUGCCUACAUUCCUGUCAUCGCAGGCGGCCAACGCGCAAACUGCAUCCACUACACGGUCAACAACAACAUCUUCCGCGACGACGAGUUCAUCCUCGUCGACGCCGGCGGCCAGUACGGCACCUACAUCACCGACAUCUCCCGGACGUGGCCCGCCUCCGGCAAGUUCUCCCCCGCCCAGCGCGACCUCUACGAGGCCGUGCUCAAGGUCCAGCGCUCCAGCGUCUCCCUCUGCCGCGAGUCCGCCCGCAUGUCCCUCGAGGACAUCCACGGCGUCACGGUCCGCGGCCUUGUCGACCAGCUCAAGAGCAUCGGCUUCACAAACCUCACCGUGAGCAACAUCGACCAGCUGUUCCCCCACCACGUAGGCCACUACAUCGGCCUGGACGUGCAUGACUGCCCAGGGUACAGCAGGAGAGAGAUUCUGCGGAGGGGCCACUGCGUUACCAUCGAGCCGGGCGUCUACGUUCCCGACGAUGAGCGCUGGCCCGCUCACUUCAGGGGCAUGGGCAUUCGCAUCGAGGACAGCAUCUGUGUGGACGAGGACGCGCCCUACAUACUCACCACCGAGGCCGUCAAGGAAAUCGAUGAUAUCGAAGCGCUACGAGAUUGAUUAGCAGGCAAUCUCUCCUGUAAUACUAGCCACCACCUGUAUAUAUCACGUAAAAAACGAGAAGCGGAUAAAUCAUCCUUCUCAUAGGACACAAUCAUCCUUCUCAUAGGACACAAUCAUCCCUUUCGUAGGACUCAAUCAUCAUUCUCAUAGGACUUCCUAUUCUG